UCGACCUCAAUGUCAUCGAGCCGGACAAAGAACUGGACCUGCCAGAAGGAGAUGAAGAAGAUGAGGAGGAAGAACUGGAGUCGCAAGAAGGAGGAGGAAGUGGGGCUGCUGGUAGUGGUCCGAGGAGCCGUGUUUGGUCGGCAGAGGAGGAUGCCAUGCUUUCUCGGCUCGUGGCUGCUUUCGGGCCGGUCAAUUGGAAUGCCAUCGCGGAGAUGGUUCCCGGUCGGAGUGGGAAGUCUUGCCGGUUCCAUUGGUUUAACCACCUCGAUCCUCGCCUCAAGCACGAACCUUUCAGCGAAGAGGAGGACCAAAUUAUCAUGAUGGCUCAUCAAAUCCAUGGGAACAAUUGGAAAUCGAUUUCAAAGAUGCUACCAGGUAGGACAGGUUAUGCAAUUAAGAAUCACUGGAAUGUCAGUUUGAAAAACAAGCAGGCGGAGCAAAGACGUCCCGAAUUAGGUGCCAGCGACAUGACAGCAGUUCAAAUCCUGACGGAAAUGAAGGCAUCCACUCAAAAGGCACUGUCCUUCAGAGAUGUGGGGAUGAGUGGAAACCGAGAGGAAGGAGAUAGUGGACAUUAUCAUGGACAUCAGAACUAUGAAGAUCAAGCACUUCAAGCCAAAGGAGGUUUUCUUGCUGCUGAGACAAGGGAAAACCCUCCUGUCCUUCGUCCAAAGGCAGGUUAUGGCGCAUUUAGUGUUUAUUACCCUCCAAGUGGUGGUCCUGGAAAUAGUUCUGGUGCUUCGACUGUGGUGCCCCUCCAGGGACCUCUGGCACAGGCUCUGGGGUCAGAGUUUGGUGUCCACCAUUUUCUUGAACAUGCCCAUGGGGAGCCUUUGAUUCCUCACCAAUGUGGCCAUGGUUGCUAUUCAGGUCAAAAUGGACCAGAUGGUGGAAGCUCCUUGUUGGGGCCUGAUUUCAUUGAUUACAUUGAGCCUUCCUCCUCCUCGCGCCAAGAGCUGAUGUCUAUAGCAGCAGACUUAAGCCAGAUUGCAUGGACUCAAAAUGACCCUGGCUAUGUCAGUACUGGGAUGCCAAGCAUGGAGAUGCGGCAGCCAACCCGUCCAAGCGAGAGAGAUUCUGCUGCAUUUGCUACUGAAGCAUCAGGACAGGAAAAUAAGAAUGAUCCCAGUGGCAAGUUGAAGGGUGUGAAGCAGUAAUAUAUCGGUCGCCGAGCCAGAUUUUGUGGUGCCAGCUCAAGUUGAAUGUUCCUGUUAACAUCACUUCUUUCUUUCUUUCCUUUUUAACAUUCUGAAUAGGACUUCUCAUGACAAUGGAUGUGUAUCGCUCGCCUGAGAAUUGAAGGCAAUCAUUUGACGUUCCAUUGGAUCAUUGUUAAUUACGUUGUAUCGGAUUCUUAUUUAGUGUCCAUCAAUGUCCUUGAUUUGCUAUUUCUGUCUACAUAAUGUUGGAGUUAUGUAGACAGAUUCUGCUGCAUUUGCUACUGAAGCAUCAGGACAGGAAAAUAAGAAUGAUCCCAGUGGCAAGUUGAAGGGUGCGAAGCAGUUAUAUAUUGGGUGACAAGCCGGAUUUUGUGGUGCCAGCUCAAGUUGAAUAUUUCUGUUAAACGCAUCACUUCUUUCUCUCUUUCUUUCUUUCCUUUAAACAUUCUGAACGGGACAUUGCAUGACAAUGGAUGUGUUUUGCCCGCCUGAGAGUUGACGGUGUUAAUUUGAUGUUCGAUUGGAUCAUUGUUGAUUAUGUUGUAUUGGAUUCCUUUUACUGUCCAUCUAAUGUCCUUGAUUCGCUAUUUCUGUCUACAUAAAGUUGGAGUUAUGUAGAGAGAUUCUGCUGCAAGCGGGAGAUUCUGCUGCAUUUGCUACUGAAGCAUCAGGACAGGAAACUAAGAAUGAUCCCAGUGGCAAGUUGAAGGGUGUGAAGCAGUAAUAUAUAGGGUGCCGAGCCGGACUUUGUGGUGCUAGCUCAAGUUUAAUGUUUCUGUUAAAUGCAUCACUUAUUUCUUUCUUU